GUAGAGGAAUAGAAGUGUCUGGAAUCAGGUCUGGUAUUGUGUUUGAGCGCUGCUCUCCCCUCCUGCUAUUAACCAAGCGAUCUCUUUCUCUCUCUCUAUAAUUUCAUAUUCUUCUUACUUUACUCUCUCUCUCUCUCUGCCAUUGCAACUUCAAAAACCAUGAAACGCUCCACCGACGACGUAACCACAUCCAAGCCAGUCUUCCUAACCAAAGCACAACGCGAGCAACUCGCCCUUCAACGCCGCCAAGAAGAUAUCGCCGAACAGAGGCGACUCCAGGAACAGCUGCUUUCAGGUAACCGCCCCUCCGAUCCCAAACUCUCCUCCGACCGGGAUAGGGAUAGGGAUAGAGACAGGGAUAGGGAUAGGGAUAGAGAUAGAGAUAGGGAUAGGGAUAGAGACAGGGACCGCGACCGUGGCCGUGAGCGUGAUAGGGCACGCGAUCGAGACCGUGAAACUGAGCGAAGAAACAGAGAGAGGGAGCGCGAAGAGGAGGGUAGGGCUCGCGAGCGUGCUCGUUUGGAGAAAUUGGCUGAGCGAGAGCGCGAGAAAGAGAUGGAAUCAAUCAAGGAGCAGUACCUUGGUUCCAAGAAGCCUAAGAAGCGGGUUAUCAAACCCAGCGAGAAGUUCCGCUUCUCCUUCGAUUGGGAGAACACGGAGGACACCUCGCGUGACAUGAACGUGCUGUACCAGAAUCCUCACGAGGCUCAACUGCUGUUCGGGCGGGGGUUUCGUGCUGGGAUGGACCGCCGUGAGCAGAAGAAGCUGGCGGCCAAGAAUGAGAAGGAGAUGCGGGAGCAAAUCCGUAAGAAGGACGGUGUGGAGGAGAAGCCGGAGGAGGCAGACGCACAGCGGCGAAAGGAGGCCGCCGCUGAUAUGUAUGAUACGUUUGACAUGAGAGUGGACCGCCAUUGGAGCGAGAAGAAGCUUGAAGAGAUGACAGAGAGGGAUUGGCGUAUAUUCAGGGAGGACUACAACAUCUCUUACAAGGGUUCGAAGAUUCCUCGGCCAAUGAGGAGCUGGAUUGAGAGCAAGUUGAGCCUUGAGCUCUUGAAGGCUGUGGAGAAGGCUGGUUACAAGACCCCUUCUCCCAUUCAGAUGGCUGCAAUUCCUCUUGGGUUGCAGCAACGUGAUGUCAUUGGCGUUGCCGAGACAGGUUCGGGGAAGACAGCUGCUUUUGUUCUUCCCAUGUUGAGUUACAUCACCAGGCUUCCUCCCAUUAGUGAGGAGAAUGAGGCUGAGGGCCCCUAUGCUGUUGUCAUGGCACCUACUCGUGAGCUUGCGCAGCAGAUCGAGGAUGAGACUGUUAAGUUUGCUCAGUAUAUGGGCAUCAAGGUUGUUUCCAUUGUUGGUGGACAGUCUAUUGAGGAGCAAGGGUUUAAGAUAAGGCAAGGUUGUGAAAUUGUAAUUGCCACUCCCGGUCGUUUGAUUGACUGCUUGGAGCGACGCUAUGCGGUUCUCAACCAGUGCAAUUAUGUUGUUCUUGAUGAGGCUGACCGUAUGAUUGAUAUGGGAUUUGAACCCCAGGUAAUGGGGGUACUGGAUGCCAUGCCUUCCAGCAAUCUGAAACCUGAGAAUGAAGAUGAAGAGCUUGAUGAGAAGAAGAUUUAUAGGACCACAUAUAUGUUCAGUGCCACCAUGCCACCCGCUGUGGAGAGGCUUGCUAGGAAAUAUUUAAGGAAUCCUGUUGUGGUGACCAUAGGUACUGCUGGAAAGACUACUGACUUGAUCAGCCAGCAUGUCAACAUGAUGAAGGAAUCUGAGAAAUUUUAUAAGCUUCAGAGAUUGCUUGACGAGCUUAAUGACAAGACGGCAAUUGUAUUCGUUAACACCAAGAAGAAUGCAGAUAUGGUUGCCAAGAAUUUGGACAAGGAAGGCUAUCGUGUGACUACUUUGCAUGGAGGGAAAUCACAGGAGCAGAGGGAGAUUAGUCUUGAAGGAUUUAGGACCAAGAGAUACAAUGUUCUUGUUGCAACUGAUGUUGCUGGACGUGGGAUUGACAUACCUGAUGUGGCUCAUGUCAUCAACUAUGAUAUGCCUGGGAAUAUUGAAAUGUACACACAUCGUAUUGGGCGUACUGGUCGUGCUGGAAAGACAGGUGUGGCUACAACAUUCCUGACUCUUCAGGAUACUGAUGUCUUUUAUGACCUCAAACAGAUGCUCAUUCAAAGCAAUAGCACUGUUCCACCUGAAUUGGCAAGGCAUGAAGCUUCGAAAUUCAAGCCAGGAUCUAUUCCCGACAGACCGCCUAGACGAAAUGACACUGUGUUUGCGCAUUAGAGAGAUUUUGAGGUAGGCACUUCUUUAGAAGGCAUCCACUUUGCAGGUUCUUUGUUCCAAGUAUAAUUUUUCUGAAAUUGAAGGUGCAUAAUCUUUAACUUAUAUAUUGUUGAUUAACUUCGGACAAUCUGGCAUAUACUUCUAAUUUAUACAAGUCAUGUAUAUGUGUCUUGUACUCUUGUUGAUUUGUUUAAAUAUUCAGCUUAUUUCUAAUUUGCUGUCGCUUAUGACUACUAUUACUGUUACUACUACUUUUUCAGUUUUACCCUUUGCUGCCUAAUUUAAUUUGUGAAUGUUUGUAGCAUCUUUAUGAAUUAAGCAACUUAAGCUAGCCUUCUGAAAUAUAGAGUAUCAGCUUCAAUUAGAUUUACAACUUGGUGAUCAUUGAUAUAUGGUUAUACAGAAAGUAUGCAACAAACGACUGAUAUUAGUAAUCAGAUGACAGCAAACUAUUAGUAAAAUUUUGGGUUAGAAAUGUAUCGUAUACUAUUUAAAUAUUGGAUUUAGGUUUUGAAAGUUAUAGUUUAAUGAUGGAGGAAUUGGCUGGAAAUUGUUG